AUGGAACCGGGUUUGAUCUUGAUGUUUAUGUCAAUCUUUGUUAGCGCAAGGGACAGAGAGUUAGAGGAGUUUGUUGAAAAAGACAUCAAGGUUUUUUUUUCGUCCUAUCCCACACAGAUUCUUGGGCUAGAAGAGGAAAAUGGGCUUCUAGUGUCUCACAGCAAGUAUGUGAAUCCAAGCAAGUACAAGUUUGUUACAAGGGCGAGGCUGGUGAAGUCUGGAGAGAAGUAUGUUGUGAUAUUUGGAGAAAAUAACAUAUGCAAAGAUGGAAACUCGGUGGUGAAGUGCAAAGAAGAAAGACCCUGGGACAUAGACAGAAAGGAGUUUGGAUACACAAUCUCUACGGACAACAAAUGCAUUACCAAGGGUCCUGAGGAGUCCAUUCAGAUGAAGAUCUGUGUCAAUACGGACGAUCAGAUAUUUAGCUUCAAGCUUGCAGACCUCGGGGGAUGUGGAGACAUAGGGUCCCUUCUGAGGAACGAAGGGAGAAAGAAUAUGACAACAAAUGUGAAUAUAUUUCAUCCAGAGAGUGAAUGUCCUUCAUCCAUCAGGAUAAAGACAAAGGGAGAUGUAAAUAAGAACAUCAUCCUCCCCAUUAAGAGAGAAAAGAAUAGAAACACUUCCUUUUCUCAGCAAGGGGACGUCUCCAGCUAUUCAGGAGACGAAGCGGACUUCCCCUUGUAUGAAGAAACCUUGCCAAAGGAAGAAGAAGUGACUGUCACACAUGUCUUGACAAGAAACCCCCAUUCUGGGGUCAAAAGGGUGCACUUAGAUCAUCAUCAUUCUCCUCACCAUUACAGAAGUAAAAAUCUGGUUAGGAGGGAUCCUAUAAUUUUCUAG